AUCUUUUCUUGUUUGAUCAAUACAACCUAAUAUAAACAAUUAAACAUAGACAUUAAACAGUACUGCCUUCUGUCCUUGACAGUCACACUUCCACACUCCACUCAACUCUACCUGUCAACUGUCAACACACCUUUCCCCUUUGCUUUUACAUUCAAUGCACCAUCUUUAACUACUCCCUUCCUCAACCCUCCUCUUCUUCUUCUUCCCUGAUCUCAAUUCUCCACCACUUAUACAUUCCCAAACCCACUUUUCCUCUCUCAUACUCCAUUGAAGAACAUACCCUUUUCUGCUCCUUGAUUUUCUCUUCCAUUUUCUACCAUUUUUUGACUCCCAAGUUUUAGUCUUUUCAAUUUUUUAUGUUUUUUUGUUAAAAUUGGUGGAUCUCAUCUUAUGGGUUCUUUUUCUACUGCUUUUGGAUUUUAUCAGAUAGUGCUUUGACAAUUUACAUCUUUUUUCUUCUUUUUCUACUCCCCCUUUCCCUUUUAUCUCUCCAACUUUAGUUCAAUUUUGAAUCUACUUCUGGGUUUUCAGUAUUCUGCCGGAAAGUUUGGCUGUUUGUGGGCUCUCAUCUGUUAGAUUGUAUGUGAAGCUGGAGUUAUAUAUGAUAGAUGAGCACUAAUUUAGGUUGAAUCCUGUUUUGAGGAUAAGAGAAGGAGUCUUGUUGGGUUGAACCUACUUUAAAUGUGCUGAUUUUCCCGGGUUUGAGCAAAUGGGUGGUUGUAUUUCAACAAGUAGUCAAAGUACUUGUAGUAGUAGAAGCAAUGGAGAGACAAUGCAAUCUUCAUGUUGUUUAGGGAUGCGAUUGUGCGGUUGGAAGAGGAAUAAAAGAACUUUUUCCGAUCAUAUUGCCACAUUGCAGCAUCUGUCAUCUAUACCUAAUCGAAUAGUUAUGAACGGGAAGAGUCGUAGUUCGUGUAUAUUCACUCAGCAAGGUCGUAAAGGGAUAAAUCAAGAUGCCAUGAUAGCUUGGGAAGAUUUUAUGAUAGAUGAUGUAAUAUUUUGCGGUGUAUUCGAUGGUCAUGGGCCUCAUGGACAUCUGGUUUCUCGCAGAGUGAGAGAUACUUUGCCAUUAAAAAUAUUGUCGCUACUGAAUUCUAGCCCGGCAAAGGAAGGUGGGUCAAGUGGUACUUUCGGUAAUGGGGAUCUUCAAUCAGAGGCCGCAACAGCCGAGAAAAAUGAUUCAAGUGAAGAUAAUAUCAGUUCACUAUGGAGGGAUGUUUUUCUUAAAUCUUACAAGGCUAUGGAUAAAGAGCUGAGAUCACAUCCUAAUUUGGACUGUUUUUGCAGUGGGAGCACGGCUGUUUCUAUUGUGAAGCAAGGUUCAAAUCUGUUCAUGGGAAGUAUUGGGGAUUCUCGGGCAAUCAUGGGGUCUAUGGAUAGCAAUGAUACUUUGAUAGCAAUCCAAUUGACUGUUGAUCAGAAACCAGAUUUACCGAGGGAAGCUGAAAGGAUUAAACAAUGCAAAGGCAGGGUUUUUGCAUUGCAAGAUGAGCCUGAAGUUUCUAGAGUUUGGCUGCCAUUUGAUGAUGCCCCUGGGUUAGCGAUGGCUCGAGCAUUCGGUGAUUUUUGUCUAAAAGAAUACGGGGUUAUCUCUGUACCAGAGUUUUCUCAUAGGACUCUGACAGAUAAAGAUUUGUUCAUCGUAUUGGCUUCUGAUGGGGUUUGGGAUGUCUUGAGUAACGAGGAAGUCGUAGAGAUAAUAUCAACUUCUCCAUCCCGAGCAUCAGCAGCACGAGUAUUGGUUGAAUCAGCAGCCCGUGAAUGGAAGCUCAAAUACCCGACCUCAAAGAUGGACGACUGUGCGGUUGUUUGUCUAUUCUUGGAUGGAAAAAUGGAUUCAGAAUCAGAUUACGACGAGCAAUGCUUCUCUUCCGUCACAAUCCAAAGCAACAUUUCUGGUGGGCCAAUGGAAUCGGAGGAUGGUCAGCAUUCGGAGCCAUCGUUCCAGAGAAAUAUCACUGUUAGAGCAACAGAAGAAAACGACUCAUUCCGAAGAUUGCCAGUAGAAGUACUAACUGUAGGAUCUAUACUGGCUGAAGACGAAAACUGGUCAGGUUUAGAAGGGGUUACCCGUGUCAACUCCCUCGUUCAGCUGCCUAGAUUCUCGGAAGAAAGGCCGAAUUCCGGACCCAUUGGAUAGAGCUUGGCUUCCCCUUAUUUCGGGUUCGAAAGGUCCAAAAAAAAAAAGGCUUGUUAAAUUAGCCUUUUACUAGUUGAUGUUACUGUGAAAUGUAAAGGAUAUGAAAUAGAUAUAUGGCUUUGUAUUUCCCUUGAAAAUGUGUCCAUCUUUUUGUAGUGAUGUUCAAUAUUUUUGUGUUACCCUCCAUUUAGGGACUGGUGAAAUUUGGUACAAAGUUUUUGUGUAUAGAUGUCUUUGUUGAUUUCUACAAUCUUUUUAAUGGGAAAAUGUUUGUUUCAUA